UGAGGAAGGACAAGGAGGGCCGGAGACAGGGGAGGCAGAAUCGGGGGUCCGGGAGGGCAGGAGGUAGAGUCGGAGAGUCAGGAAGGGUUGGAUGAAGAGUUGGUUGAGCCGGGAGGGCAGGAGGUAGAAUCGGAGUCAUUUCCCCCUGCUACGCACGUACCAUCUAAUCGUCGUGCGCGGCAUGAGCUUGCUAGUUACAACACUGCUGCGAAUGAGAAUGUUAAAGUCAGAAAAGGCAGAACCCGUGCGCAAACUCGGGCAGUAAAUCAGCAGAGCGUAACCGGCCUCACGGCCACUCUAGGACCCAUCUCCGCAUCAGAAAUAUUAGAGGCACUCUUAGUGGAACAGAGAGCAUCUGAUGCAAUGGAAUUGCCGAAAGUGCUCAUUCAGGACGUAGAGUCAGAACCGGGUAGCUAUGAAGAAGCCCGUCAGUCAAAAUACUCCUCGAUUUCGGACAAGGCCAUGUCUGCAGAAUUUGAAGGCUCGUUAAGAGCAGGAACUUUCGAGUUAGCAGUAAAGGUUCCAAUAGCCUGUAACGUGAUAGAUGGUAGAUGGGUCUACAAAUGGAAAGCAUAUGAAACAGGCAAGAUAGUGAAGGCCAAGGCUAGGCUUGUAGCGAAGGGCUUCAAGCAGAAGCAUGGUGUGGAUUAUCUUGAGACAUUCUCGCCUACUGCAAAUGCUGCAUCGAUUCGUUUGGUAGCAUUGACGUGCACGUAUGAUUUGGAAUUUCUCCACUUUGACACUGAGCAAGCGUUUGUUCAGUCGGAAUUGGAUCACGAGGUGUUCAUGAAGUCGCCUCCUGGUUGCGAGUCGAUGACAGGAAAGGUAGUCCGUUUAGACAAAAGUUUGUAUGGACUGAGACAGGCAUCUAGAACAUGUCACAAGAGACUUGUGUCGGACCCGAAGAGGAUUGNGUUGGUAGCAUUGGCGUGCAAGUAUGAUUUGGAAUUUCUCCACUUUGACAUUGAGCAAGCGUUUGUUCAGUCGGAAUUGGAUCACGAGGUGUUCAUGAAGUUGCCCCCUGGCUGUGAAUCGAUGACAGGAAAGGUAGUCCGUUUAGACAAAAGUUUGUAUGGACUGAGACAGGCAUCUAGAACAUGUCACAAGAGACUUGUGUCGGACCCGAAGAGGAUUGGUUUCGAACACUCUUUGUCAGACCCCUGUGUUCUUCGUUUCAUGAUGGGAGACGAGGUGUUGGGUAUGAUUGCAAUUCAUGUGGAAGACAUUCUGUAUGCAGGAAUUGAGAGGCUUGCCAAGAUGGUCGUGGAAGCGCUACGUGACUCUCUCCCCACGAAGAAUUUGGGCGAGGUCGAGUUCUUUCUUGGUUGCGCAUUCGUUUGCGACCGCGAGGCUGGUACGAUUGAGAUGUCUCAAGGGAGUUACAUCAGGAGUGUUCUUGAGAGAUUCAAUGUUUGUCGCACCAGCUCGAUCCCUGCUUCCCCUGCUAACGAUUACAAGUCCGUGAUGGAGGAUGAGGGGGCAGGAGAUGUGCCGUUCCGAGAGGUGGUGGGGAGCCUGAUGUGGAUCGCCAACCAGACAAGGCCCGCAAUCUCAAACGCUGUGCGGGCGGUGGCAAGGCACUCUCACGAGCCAAAGAGAAGCCACUGGAAGGCGGCCCAGAUGAUUCUAAAUUAUCUUCUGGAGACGGCACAUCUAACUUUGAAGUACAAGCAGGACACUAUGGUAGACGUAGGCACGUUGGUGUACGUAGACGCAGACUUUGCCAGUAAGGCCACUGACCGUAGAUCAGUUUCGGGAGCACUAGUUCUUGUAGCUGACUGUCUUGUUGCUUGGAUUUCUAGGACGCAAAAACGUGUCACACUUUCAACAACUGAAGCAGAAGGAUUCAUGGUGUUCAUCAACGAUCUGUUGGAAGUCGUAGAGGCCGUCCGGAAGGGAGUAAAAGUAGGGGACACGGAAACGUCGUUUUCAGGAAUGCUGUUUGCGGAUGAUUUUGUCGGUAUGUCGGACACCCCUGAGGGACUGCAACUGCAAAUUGACGAGGCGAAAAAGUUUACUGAUAAGUGGAGAUGGAAAUGGGGGAUCGAGGAGAUUGCAAUAGUGGACCAGUACACAUACCUCGGAGUAGAGAUCGCAAAAGACCGCUCGGGGAAUGCACACAUGUUCAAGGUAGCCGAAAAGGGCAAAGCACGAGCAGGGAAGCUGCACCCAAUACUCAAAAACUNUAGUGGACCAGUACACAUACCUCGGAGUAGAGAUCGCAAAAGACCGCUCGGGGAAUGCACACAUGUUCAAGGGUUCAAGGAUUACCUUCAUGGACCAAUGGAUGCAGGGACAAUGCUCAAGGUCAAAUUCAGGACCGGAGACAUAAGCCUUCGAGAACGUCGACGAAGACAUAGAACGGUAGACGAGGAAGACGACGAGUUCAAAUGCGAUUGCGGCUUCGAAUGCGAAGACUGUGUUCGUAUAGUCGCGGAAUGUCCGUUGUACAAGAAGGAGAGGGAAGUGUACGUGACUGAGCUGGGAAAAAUAGAUGGAACGUACAGGGAGAUGUUUGAGGCAUGGAAUAGAGAGGAAAGGACGGUAGCUGUACUGGGGCAUAGGAGGUGGGUUGAAAAGGCGGGAAGGGAUAUCGGUAGGACAGACAGACUAGGCAAGACAUUUUUGAGCCACCUUUGGCAAUAUAGAAAGGAACGAUUGGCCAUCGGUGAUCGGUCCUGUGGGAACAAUGCUCCGUCCUCUCGAGGACGCGUGGUCAAUGGUCUAACCGCUAAGGCAUGCAAAGCAUAA